AUGGGUGCUGAUGUCUCACAGAACAAAACCUUCGCGGACAUUCGCGCCACUGCCGUACUCUACGAUGAGCAUCUUUCGAAGAUGCAAGUCCAGAUCCGUACUCUCGCAACUGAACGUACUGGGAUCUUGUAUGACAAGGACGCAGCGAUCACAGGGCUGAAGCGCGAAGUCCACGAACUACAAGCCCAGAAGACAGCUCUCUCGCGCAAUUUGCUUGAAGAGAGUAGCAAUAUGAAACUGGCGGUGGCGUGCGGUGAGGAUCUUGCAAAACAGCUUGGAGUUCAAGGCAAGGAGGUUGUGACGCUCAAGGAUAGGGUCACCGAGCUCGAGAGUGAAUUAGCUAAAGAGAAAGCCAAAUACAUCGCAGAAAGAGGCGCGAACGAGAAAUUACGCAGCAUCAGCGAGAAGUGCGCCGAGAUUGCAAGACUUGUGGGGGAUCCAGAUGCUGAGUACAAGGCACACGCUGCCGCAGCGAGAUCGUCCCUCACCGCGUUGAUCAAAGAUCUAAGAGCACAGGAGCGACAGGUUCUCAGUCUAAGCAGCGCGCUCGAUAAAGAGCGGUUGGAGCAUGAGAAGCAUGUUGAAGACCUAGAAACAACUCACGCGAAAGAGCUCGCGACCGUCAAUGAACAUCACGAUCGCCAACUUGCGCAGAUCGAAGUGCGUCACAGCGAAGAGCUCACGCGCGUCAAGUUGUGGUGUGUGAUGAACCAACCAAGGCCAAACGAAUUAUCACGGAUUCGCGAAAGACAGCGGAGGUCAGCAUUAGAAGCUGAGGCGGAGAAGACAAAAGAAAAGGCGGAGAUGCGACACAGUUGGCAAGAUGCUAGAAUCCAGGAACUGGAGCAUGAGAACGACCAAGUCAAGCACCAACUGGCAAACUUGCAAAGGGAUUCACAAUGGAAGAACUGGAUGAAGACGAUAAUGUCAUAA